GGAUUUGGAACUCUGUCCUAUUCUCACGAGUAAAGCAUGUCCUCUGUUUUCUCUAUAGAUACACUAUGAUAUAGAAGAAACUUCACAGCAAAUCUAUGGAGGAGGAAGGCACUUUAGUACCAUCCGGCGACAUGUACAGGCUUUACUUUAAGGGUUUAGUAAGCGAGGAAACGUCGCAGUUAUUGGCGGGAUUUGGGGUUGCAAUUUGCGACCAAGACGAUAAGCUCUUGUUUCAGAUGAAGGGGCCAAUUCAUGGCUCGGACAUUGCGGUUUUGGAAGCUGAGCUUACGGCAUUGAAACGAGGACUAACCGCAACCGUGAAGUUGGGUCUAGAUCAUAUCUCAAUCUGUUGCGAUCAUAAUCAUAUUUACGAAUUGGUCAUGGGGAGAUCACCGCCGGAGCAAGAUAACAUUGCCAUGCUAAUGAAUGAUGUGCAACGCAUGAGAGAACAAUUGACAUCUAGUAAUCCCAUUCUGGUGACUAGAGAUCAAAUUAGCUUUGCUUAUAAGCUUGCAAUGGAAACAGUAGCUUCGGAUAUCAGCAUACGUAUGCCUGCCACUUGCAGCAUCUGUUUCAAUGAUGAUUUGGAAGCAGAGCAGAUGUAUUCUGUUCCCUUAUGCUGUCAUCAAUUCUGUAUCGAGUGUGUGAGACGACAUAUAGAAGUGAAGCUACUCGAGGGAGGUGUACCGACAUGUCUUCAUUAUCAAUGCGAGUCUAAGCUAACUCUUAGAAGUUGUGCCAAUCUUUUAACACUUAAACUAAAAGCGAUAUGGGAACAAAGGAUCGAAGAGGAAUUGAUUCACGUGACGGAUAGAGUUUAUUGUCCAAACCCGACGUGCUCCGGAUUAAUGUCGAAAACCGAGCUCUCUACCUCAACGGAAGAAGAUGGAGGUAGUAGGAGUUGUUGUGUCAAAUGCGGUGAACCCUUUUGCAUCAACUGCAAAGUUCCGUGGCAUAGUAACUUGUCAUGCGAUGAUUACAAGAGAUUGGGUCCAAAUCCUACAAAAAAUGAUAUAAAGCUAAAAGUUUUGGCAAAUCAGCAAAAGUGGCGUCAAUGUGGAAAGUGCCAACACAUGAUUGCACGUAUCGAUGGAUGCAACGUAGUAAUCUGCAGAUCAAUAGCUCAAUUCUUCGAUACGAUCAAGAAUCAGUUACGGGAAUUGUUGCGCUGGUUUCUCCAAGAGCAGAGGAAACGAAGUGCGUUUGAGCAAUGUGGUAAGACAAAAGCCAAGAUGGACGAGUUAUCAAAUAUUGUUGGUUUAAGCGAGCUGAAGACACAACUGAGGAAAUGGGCUAAAGGAAUGCUUUUAGAUGAGAGGCGAAGGGCAUUGGAACUCGAACAACUCCACAUAUGGCAUUUCUUGGAAAUCCUGGAACAGCUCGGGAAAUUGCUUAACACAGUUGGAAUUCUACCAACCGAUAAAGUAACACAAGUACAGCGUACAGACUUGGUUGGUGAGUUUGUUGGCCAUACAGGACCAAAGACCAGGAGAAAGGUGAAAGCACUGUUCAUAAUAUUCUAAUUUCACUUGUGGGUUUGAAUUUGUAGUGUGUGGUGUGAAUCAUAUAAUUCUUGACCAGUGACCACCAAGAAAUGCAGUAAAUUUUA